GGGGGGGGGGCAGAGGGGAAAGUCCCGCAGGCGGAAAGGUCCCACUUUGCAACAUUAUCAUUAUUAUUUUUGCAAUAUUUUAAUAUCUAUUUUGCAAAAGCGACCCACUUGGGUGUGAGUGUGUGUGAUCAUGGAGCGUUUCCACCCGCGAUCCGGAUCCCCUCCGCCGGGCUUGACGUCAGCGGGACCCCAGUCGUGCUGCAGCAGUAGCAGAAGCCCCCCACCCCCUCCCCACACCGGCUUCUUUUGCAAGCCUUCCUCGCGAGAAGGAGGAGGAGGGAGCAACGACAGCAGCAGCAACGCCGUUUACACGGUGCUGGUGGAAGAUCCGGCGUCACUCCGGAGGCGAGCCCGGCGCAGGAGCUGCGAGGGUGGACAGCCUGCUUUGCAGAAGAGUCCCACUCAUAUCAACGGAGAGGCAUUUUUGGGAGAAGCCGAAUUGCUGGACGGACGGAGCAGGGCCCUCUCCGACCUGUUGGUGCUGAAGCAGCCGGAGGAGGACGCGGCGGCUGUGCGGCUUUUGGACCAGAUCCCUCUGCACCAUUCAGCAUACAUCCCUGUGCCCAGGCAAAGGAGACUCUCAGGGAAGGCAGGGAUCGACGAGGUUAUGGCAGCUGCGGUCCUCACAAGCUUGUCCACCAGCCCAGUUGUGCUCAACAACGCACCUAACGGUUUCGGCACAGAGACCCGCUGUGACGCCUGGAAGGAGGGUCCGGCCAUGUCCUCCAGCUACAGCAGCGGCAGCAACACCAGCGGCGAGUGGAGCUGGGACCCCCCCAGCGACCUCUCCACCCCUUCCACCCCAUCACCGCCCCUCUCCACGGACAUCACCACCAGCUUCCUCUCCUCCCUCCAGGCCGACCUCGAGGAGACCGAAGCCAGCCACUUCCUCUUUGGGGACCCCAUCCCCAGGAAGCGGAAGAACUCCACCAAGGUGAUGUUCAAGUGCUUAUGGAAGAACUGCGGGAAGGUGCUGAGCAGCUCGUCUGGAAUGCAGAAACAUAUCAGGACCAUCCAUCUGGGGCGCAAAGCCGACCUCGACCAGAGCGACGGGGAAGAGGACUUCUAUUACACUGAGCUGGAUGUCAACGUGGACUCCCUGACGGACGGCCUGUCCAGCCUGACGCCCGUCUCGCCCACCUCCUCUGUGCCGCCCGCCUUCCCCAUCUUGGAGGAGGGACCCCAGACCCUGCCCAUCCCCUUCAAGCCAGAGGUCUCUUCGGUGCCUCACUUGAGCCAGCUGACACCUGUGACCAUGCUCAGCCAGUCAGCGCCCACCAGCCUGUGCCACGUCCAGAGCGACCACGCGUACCAGGCUGUAGGUCCUUCUGGGACGCUUGUGGAUAUGAAAGCCCCGUCCCCUGGCAUGGAAAUCAGCAUUUCAUGGCAGCAACCGACCUUUUUCCCACCCCCUUUGCCCCCCGUCCUGUUUAAAAACCCGUCGGGCUGCUUAACUCCCAUCCGGCCCGCUGACUUGGGAGAGAAGCGUCCGCAGGUCCCUCCCGUGCCCAUUGCCAAAGGACACCCCCUUGUGCCGUCUUGCAUGCCAAAGCCAGCCACAGGCACACGGAAGCCGCGAGGAGAGGCCAAGAAGUGCCGGAAGGUGUACGGGAUGGAGAACCGCAACAUGUGGUGCACAGCCUGUCGCUGGAAGAAGGCCUGCCAGCGGUUUGUUGACUGAGCACCGCCCCGUCCGUCCAUCCAUCCAUCAAUCUGCUCCUCUGUCUGCCGGUCCCGCUCUCGGUCCUCCCGCGUUUUGCACUUCCGUGCCACCAGCCCGGCCUCCUUCCCUGCCCGUCCGCUCCUUUUUCCAGGCAACUCCACCACCGCUGCUCCCCAGUCCCUCGCACAAAAAGAUGGGGAGCGGGUGGAUUUCCCUGUUGUGCCUUGGCUCAGGAAGGAAGGAAGGCGUCUGGGCGCAGACAGCCAUGGAGCGGGUAGCUUUGCAGACAAAGACGUCGUGGCCCUCGGUGGAGACGCCUUGUCGGUUUUCCAAUAUUCAUAUAUUUUUUAACACCUGCCACCAACUUUUGAUGGGCUCACGGCAGUGUUAUCCGCUCCCGCGUAUGGGGGUUGAGCCUUUGUCUUUUGGGAUUUCCUUCUUCAUCAAAAUAAGCUAUUUUUUUCCCUAUCCCUUCUCCCGCCCUCACUUCCUAACCCAUUUGGGAUCUCACAGCCUUUAAGGUUUCAAGCGAGGGAGAAUUAGCAAAUUCCUAUGGGAAGGGUAUGGCUGCUGGAGCCAAAAAAGCCACAUCAGCCAAAGGCUGCUCCUUUUUUUCUUAGCCUUGAGUAGUGAGCAAGGGCUAUCCAAAAACACUUCCUGGUUUUAUCCCAGAUUUUUUUCUUCUUUCUACUUUUAAAGCUUUGGUGUUUUGAGACUCACAGCAAACAAUGAAGCAGCAGGCGUUGGAAGGACAACGUUGCUUCGCUUUUUCUCUACUUUUUACCCCCAGUUUGUCCUUUAUCAGUGCAACAAGCUUCUCGGGAAAUGGGAUUUUCUAAGUUUGUUUUAAAUCCGGAACUGAGAUGUCUUGUCCAGGACACAGAAGUGAAUGGAUGACUAUCUGGGGUCUGUGAACCUGUUUUGUUUUCCCUUUUCCUUCCUGCUUUCUGUCCUCACUUCUUAUCCAUUAGUCCUCCUUCCUUUGCCUGGAGAAGAAGGCUCAGCUAUAGGAAAUCAUUCAGAUCUUACGAACGGCCUCUUGGUGAAAUAAAUGCCUCUGUUUCUGGCAAGGAAUAAGCUAUUCACUGGAAGGGCUGCCUUGCCUAUUCCCCGCAGCGCUGGACUGAAUUUGCAUCAAUAAGUGACGCUGACCACACAAAGGGACGCUUCAAUGUCCAGAUGUGCAAUCCCAGACUCGGAUCUGUGACAGAUUUGUCGGCGGGGAAGUCGGAGAUGGAUCCGCCUCGGAGUUUGUUGUCUCGGCGCUGGAUCAGCAGUGCCAAAAUUCACCCCGCCGCUCGCUUGCUUUGGCUUGAAGUUGUAUCUUGGAAUCAGGAUUUUUUUUUUAAAGAGGAAAUUGUAUAAUCAUCUGUAUACAUCUCUUGAGUUUUCGCAGCAGGAAAUCUUGCCAAAUGUCGAACGUGGAAGUUUUGUUUUGCUUUUUUUGGAUUAUUCUCUUUGCUUUUCUACCUGUCUAAAAUGAUGUCGCUUUUGUGAGGUGGGGAUUGAUUGGUUUGUUUAUUUUUGGCUGUUGUUUGUGGGUCAAACGGACCCAGAAUCCAAAUGGUGUGCUCAAGGACACUAAAAUGCAUCAGGAAUGAGAAUUGCGUGGCCUUCCAGAUACAGUAGAGUCUCGCUUAUCCAACAUAAAUGGGCUGGCAGAACAUGGGAUAAGCGAAUAUGUUGGAAAAUGAGGGAUUAAGGAAAAGCCUAUUCAACGUCAAAUUUAGUAAUGAUUUUACAAAUUUAACAUCAAAACAUCAUGUUUUACAACAGAUCAACAGUAAAGGCAAUUCAAUACAUGGUAACGUUAUGUAAUUAUUGUUAAAAAAAACUUACCAUACUCUUUGCUCUCUGAGACUGAUGCAAUGCACAUUGGGCCUCUCCAUGCACCAGGCGUUUGCCAGGAGGGGUGAGAUGUAGCCGGUGCAAGCUGGAUGCUGUCCUUGAUAGGAAAGGUCUGUGCCCCUCCCAGCGGGUGCCCAGUACAGGGAGAAGCCAGCUGCGUGUUGCUGUCUAGAGAGACUUCUCUAGGCAGCAACGUGCAUUGGGCCUCUCGCUCUUCCCGGCGAAAACCUGGUGAGCAGAGAAACCCACUGCAUGUUGCUGCCCAGAGAGGUUUCUCUAGACAGCAACAUGCAGUUAGCCUCUUGCUCCUCCCGGCGAGCACCUGGCGAGCAGGGAAGCCUGCUGUGUGUUGCUGCCCAGAUAGGUUUCUCUAGACAGCAACGUUCAGUGGACCUCUCGGUCCUCCCAGCAAGUGGAGAAGGCCAUUGUGUGUUGCUGCCCAGAUAGGUUUCUCUAGACAGCAACGUUCAGUGGACCUCUUGGUCCUCCCAGCAAGUGGAGAAGCCCAUUGUGUGUUGCUGUCCAGAGAGGUUUCUCUAGGCAGCAACGUUCAGUGGACCUCUCGGUCCUCCCCGCAAGUGGAGAAGCCCAUUGUGUGUUGCUGCCCAGAGAGGUUUCUCUAGGCAGCAACUUUCAGUGGACCUCUCUGUCCUCCCAGCAAGUGGAGAAGCCCAUUGUGUGUUGUUGCCCAGAGCGGUUUCUCUAGGCAGCAAGGCACAGUGGACCUCUCAGCCCUCCCAGAGAGCGCCCGGUGAGCGGAGAAGCCCGCUGUGUGUUGCUGUCUAGAUAGGUUUCUCUAGACAGCAACAUUCAUUGGACCUCGCGGUCCUCCCAGCAAGCGCAGAAGCCCGUUGUGUGUUGCUGCCCAGAGAGGUUUCCCUAGGCAGCAAUGUGCAAUGGGCCUCUCGCCCCUCCUGGUGAUUUAAGAAGCCUGCUGGUUGUUGCUGCCUAGAGAAGUUUCUCUAGGCUGCAAUGUGCAGUGGGCCUCUAUGCGCUUGCCAGGAGGGGCGAGAUGUGGCUGGGACAGGCCGGAUGCUCCGACAGGAGAGGCCUGCUGUACAGGAGAAACAGUUGAGCUGACCACGCCAGAUAAUCCAGAAUAUUGGAUAGCGGAGGUCGGAUAAACGGGACUCUACGGUAUUGACUGCCACUCUCAGCAGCCCCAGCAAGGGAGGCUAUGUAUUUCUCGCUCAGCAAGAUCUGCAGGGCCACAUAAAUCCCACUCCUGGUAGUAAUUCUUGAGUAAUGGCUCGUAGGAGCCCAAAAGCUGUGGCUUUAGACAAGAGCUCACCUGAGGCACCAAAGUCCCUUCUUGCACAAAUCAUCUGGGGGCGGGUUUUGCACAAGUGCCCCGGCUGUUCUUGUGCGAGAGUAUUUUGCAGUGCUGUAUUGUGCCCUAAACUCUCUAAUUGUGUGUGUGUGAAUGGGGGAAAUUAUGCCUAAAAUGUUCUAGAAUGGAAAUUGUGCCUAGGUGUAUUGCACAUGGGAAGAUUAUUAGUAUUCACACCCACUUCCAUAAAUACUGAGUUAGGCUGAGACAUCCAUACAGCCGGCCCUCCAUAUUUGCAGAUUUGACUUUAUACCAGAUUUUGAUUAUUUAUGAAUUGGCUCAUGCCUGGUAUAUAUGUGAGUUAAAGCUAGCUCUGUUCUUCAAAACAACUCACAUUCUGUGUGUGUUGUCACACAGCACACUGUCCAAUCCCUAGUUGUGUCUUGCGCAGCUAUGAAUCUUGCGUGGAAUCUUGUCCUAUUUGGUGGAUAAUAAUGGAAAGCCAUCAGGCCAAGCAGAUGCCGGGAAUAAGCCGGACUCAGCCAAUGCCUCAUCAGGUGGCCACCCUUUCUUUGCACUAUACCAAACUGCACAAGGUUUCUAUUUUUAUAGAUAUAUGUAUAAAAAAUACAUUAUGUGCACGAAAAGCAAAUGGUAGCCAAAUUGGUAUUUUUGGUAGCAAAAUCUUUUUUAAAAAGCAACGCCUCGUAUGCACAAAAUGUGUGGGAGAGUUGAAGAAAAAGAAAGUGUCUUUUAACAAAAAAAAAAUGGGUUGCUGUCAGUUUUCCAGGCUGCCUGGCUAUGGGCCAGAAGCAUUCUCUCCUGAUGUUUCGCCCACAUCUAUGGCAGGCAUCCUCAGAGGUUGUGAUGUCUGUUGGAAAUUAGGCAAGUGGGGUUUAUAAUAUCUGUGGAAUGUCCAGGUUGGGAGAAAGAACUCUUGUCGGAGGCGGGUGUGAAUGUUUCAAUCGGCCACCUUGAUUAGCAUUGAAUAGCCUUUCAGCUUCAAAGCCUGGCUGCUUCCUGCUUGGGGGAAUCCUUGCUUGGGAAGUCCAUGUUGGGAGAAAGAACUCUUGACUGUUGGAGGCAAGUGUGAAUGUUGCAAUUGGAACAACAUUCAGAAAGCAGGGGAAUUCCAGAUAAGAAACAAUCAUGUCCAGCUAAUACCUCCCAACAAAGGAUUCCCUCAGACAAGCAGCAGCCAGGAUUUGAAUCUGCAAGGCUAUUCAAUGCUAAUCAAGCUGACCAUUUGCAACAUUCACACUUGUCUCAAACAGGCAAGAGUUUUUGUCUCCCAAUCUAGACUUUCCACAGAUGUUAUAAACCCCACUGGCCUAGUUUCCAACAGACCUCACAACCUCUGAGGAUGCCUGCCAUAGAUGUGGGAGAAACGUCAGGAGAUAAUGCUUCUGGAGACAUGGCCAUACAGCCCGGAAAAUUCAGUAAACCUCUGAUUCUGGCCAUCAAAGCCUUCAACAACACACACAAAAAAUAUUCUCUAUUUUAGGUUUUGUUUUGGUCUCCCCAAAGUGUUAGUCCUGAUCAUAGGUCAGAAAGGGGUCUUUUGAGGACUACAAAUUGCACAAUCCCCCAGCACUAUAGGAUUAGGGGAUUCUGGGAUUUAUAGUCCUCAGAGGUCUGCCUCCUGUUUCUGUACAGAUGCAGAUAACAUUUUUACCCUUUAUAUUGAUUUACUUAAUCUUUCUCUAAGUCAGCCAUUUUUCAUGUGUCUCUUUUUCACACCACACAAUGAUCAUAUUGGCGAGCUAAAGCAGGCAUGGGCAAACUUGGGCCCUCCAGGUGUUUUGGACUUCAACUCCCACCAUUCCUAACAGCCGGUAGGCUGUUAGGAAUGGUGGGAGUUGAAGUCCAAAACACCUGGAGGGUCCAAGUUUGCCCAUGCCCGAUCUAAAGUAACUCCAAAUAAUCCACGGAGCUGUGAAACCCCAGUAUCCAUGUCCCUGAAUUAUGUAGCGUUAAAGAGAUUUUAAAUCUUUAGUUUCCUUCCAUGAUAAGAGGCUUCUAACACGGCAGCCUUUGUUUCUUAAGUUUUCAGGCUUUGCUCCGGUGCUUGUUAAUGUUCGAUGAUAAUCAGCCCUUUCCCUGUAUGAUCCCUUCUCCCUUCGAAGUUGCCUUUGGGAAGCGGACGCAAUAGUCCUAUGCAGAAGUAUAGUAAUGGGGGACGGAUAGAAAUAAUGGCCCCGCAAAUCAGAAAUUUGCCUUCCGCAGUGCAAUUUUAAUUCUAGCAUGGAUUGCAUUACUGUAAGAACCCCCAUAAGUGUGAAAAUUGUCUCAACUUCUCUGUGCAAUUCUCUGAUAUGCUUCCCCUGAAAGUUUCCAUAGAGUUGCAUUGGAAGAGCUAGUAAACUAACACUUGGACUGGAAGUAGGGUGAUUGAAUGUUGUUCGGUGGUUCCACAUAACUGCGACCUGGAUGGGAACAUAUUCCUUGCCGUUAUGUGGGUUUUAAAACUUUAGAAGCACAGUUGAGGUAGCCAAAGAAAAGUGCAAAGUGACCAAGAGAAUUCACAAAUGUUUGUGGAAGUGAUUUUCAGGUUCAAGUUUGGGAAGCCAAAUUCUUUGGGGUGAUUAUUUCCCCUCUCCUCCUCGCUCCGCCCUUGGUCCUAUGCAUCCCUUUCCUUCCCACGGGUUCUGUUGAAUGCAAGCGGACUUUACUUCUGCGUAAGCAAUAGGAUGGUGUUGCAUGGCAAGCCAGUGUGUGUGUCUGUGUGUGUUUUGUGUGCAUUUCUGUUCGGGAAGCUUUAUUUUAUAUAUACAUAUAUAUAAAAGCAGCUUUGGAAUCUGUAAAGGAAAAAAAAAAGUGGAGAUGAUUAUUUUUUAACUGUGCGAGAUCUUUCAAAGACCGACCAAGAUCGUAAAGUGUUGUUUCUACUUGCAGAGUUAUUUCUCGGUAUAGAAUUGUGCUGUAAAGAUGUGAUCCGAAUGGAAUGGUACUUGGGAACGAGCCCCAUUGGAAGGGGUUUGGUUGUGUGUAAAAUACAGAAGGACACCCCAUAUCCAUGGUUUUUAUUUACCUGCGCCUGACAAAAUAUGUCCUUUUCUAGGUUCUCCAGGCAGUCUAUGGUAUGCUGGAAGUGGUUUGUUCAAUGGAACUACAAUAUGCUCUCAGCUAAACGGAACUCUCAAGUAACUGGCAAAAACAUCAAAGAAAUAAUAAAGACUAUACUUUAAAUAACA